GUCUGCUGAUUGGCGCUCACAGAUAGCGUGUUCGGGACAUGGUAAGUCACUUGUCAUCAGCUCAUCAUUUUGUAGUCACACAGGAAAUUCUCUGCUCCGCGUCAUGGUUCUCUCGGAUUUACACCUAAAAAGCGUUGUCGACGCAUCCGAGGGAAAUGCAAGGCAUUCCCACGGGACAGAAGAUCUCUUCCACCUCAUCUGACUGCUUUCAUGGGAUAUAAAGCAGGAAUGACUCACAUUGUUCGUGAAGUUGAUCGACCUGGAUCCAAGGUUCAUAAGCGUGAGGUUGUUGAACCAGUAACUAUAAUGGAGUGCCCACCUAUGGUAAUCGUUGGGAUGGUUGGGUACGCACCAACUGCCAAGGGUUUAAGGACUUUUAAGACUGUGUGGGCAGAACAUCUUACUGAGGAAUUCAAACGUCGGUUUUACAAAGAUUGGUGCAAGUCUAAGAAAAGAGCUUUCCUCAAAUCCUCCAAGAAAUGGUUAUGUGAAGCAGGCCUUGCACAGAUAAAGCGUGAUCUGAAAAAAAUCAAAAAGUAUUGUACGGUUGUUCGAGCGAUUGCACACACACAGAUGCGCCUGAUGAAACAUCGUCAGAAGAAGUCACAUAUCAUGGAAAUCCAAGUAAAUGGUGGGACUAUUUCACAGAAGGUCGAUUGGAUUCGCCAGCAUUUCGAGAAACAGAUAUCCGUUUCAAACGUGUUUUCGCAAGAUGAAAUGAUUGAUGUUAUAGGUGUCACCAAAGGUAAAGGUUUUAAAGGCGUUACUUCUCGCUGGCACACCAAAAAGCUACCUCGAAAAACCCACAAAGGUUUGCGUAAAGUAGCUUGUAUUGGUGCGUGGCAUCCUGCACGUGUAGCAAGAUCAGUUGCUAGGGCUGGUCAAAAGGGUUACUUCCACAGAACAGAGUUAAACAAGAAGAUCUACAGAAUUGGAAUGGGUUUACAAGCUCAACUAGAGGUUGCGAAGGCAGAAGCCUCUAAGGAUGAUAAGGAUAAAAAUGCAGUACCUAAACCUAAAGGCAAUGCGUCCACAGAGUUCGACUUAACGGCUAAAAACAUCACCCCUAUGGGUGGUUUCCCACACUACGGUGAAGUCAGGAACGAUUACGUCAUGAUCAAGGGUUGCUGUAUGGGUCCCAGGAAGCGUGUCAUAACACUUAGGAAAACAUUAAUUCCUCAAGUUAAGACACGAUCAAAGGAGAAAAUUGUCCUGAAAUUUAUCGAUACAUCGUCCAAGUUUGGUCAUGGUCGGUUCCAGACUCGUGCGGAAAAACAGGCUACUAUGGUUAGUCUUUCGAAAUAUUCGUGUAUAAACUUUGUAAUUUUAGGGUCCUUUGAAAAAGUGUGUAGGACGCGCGAAGGUUGUCGCAUAAUUGUGAUUCCCUACAAUAAAAUUGUGGUAGAAAUCGUUUUUUUUUAUUACGCUAUAUCGACAAAUUGGGUCCAUUUUGUAUCUAAUCUCUGUAAACUGUCGAUUUGUAUGACGGACAGUGCUGUGUUGUUGCAAGUUAAUUGUAUGCGUAACUUACCUAUACUUAUAUACGAUGGCCGGUAUUUCGAAUAAAAAGAUGCUUAUUAUUCAUUGUUAUAAUCCGUCCGAUAUUCAUUUACUAUCGACCAGUAAGUCAAGUCUUUCAAAGAGAAAAUGCUUUUUGAAAUGAAGACUUCGAGUCUUUUCUACAGUCUUGAAAGUGUUUUUAACUUAAGUUAUUACGAAUAUUACUAACAUAAAAAUAUAAGCUGAGAAGUGCUAACAUCUCUUUCACAUCUGGAACGCCAAUGCUUAUGUAGUUCUCGUGUCGAGCUUGACACAGUAUUCCUAGAACGCUUGGUUAAUAUAUAUGUAGUGCGGUGGUUGAUCACUAUGGAUUUAUUGUGAAAAUGUUUUUUGUUUGUACACUGGACAGGUUUCUUCAAAGCAUCCGUGUUUAGGACCCUAGCUUUUGUUCGCGAUGCCUCCAUUUACUGAUUAGUCAUUUCGUGUUCAUACUCAAGCAAGUUGUAUGUUGAAGUACUAAGCCUGGUUGGGUUAAUACACAUUGGCGAGACGAGGUUUAAUAAUAAGGUAAUUAUCUGCUGCUUAUGUGAUGGUCUCACUACUUGUCUCAUUCUAUGUAGUACCCCCGGCUGCUACCACUUUAUCCGUAUAAUUUCAUCGUAAAUAUUUCAGAAACGUAUGACGUUAAGCCUAACAUUCGAUGAUAUGAAAGUAGUAAUCUAUGACAGCAGGUGAGUGGCAAAAAUACCGUGGAAAGUAGGGUAAUGAUAACUGCAAAACAUUAGAAAAGACACUAGUCAAAGUUAUGUUAUGGUAUACUCAAUCAAGAUAGGUAUAUGAUUAGGCCUAGUUUUCAUAAUAUUAUCGUAACGUAAUCACUAAUUAACGGCAAUUGUUCUCUUAAAAGCCGACUGCGAUGGGGCUUGUGAUCUGGACCUCGAUAAAGUUCUCUUCCUGCAUGGAUGUCUUCAUUUGAUAAUGUUGAAGAUAAUAAGGUAGAAGUGUGACGUUAUUCUUUGAGGAUUCGGUAAGGGUUACUUUUGGUUCUCUAAAAACUGGGUUGGUGUACUUUUUAUCGUUAUCUACUAAUGCUUUCUUUCGGGUCUUACUAGAUUAUGAGUAACUGCCCGUGAUUAAGUACUAGUUCGUAUGUUUUGGUUGUUCAUUUGGAAAUUGGAGAUUUUGAGUAACGGCUUGAAAACCAUCGCACUGGUGCAGUUACAUGCAUCCUCUAUCUUCAAAUCAUGAGUAAGCAUCAUUUGCGUAUUUCUACCCUUCAACUGCAUUUGUUUCUUUGCAACUGUCUAAUGCUUUAAUACUCACUGCCUUCGAUUUUAUACUGUACUUGUUAUUCUGUUGACUGCCUCUUAUCAUAGUGAUUUGAAAUGUGAUACAUUGGACCGAACUUGUUUCGUUGCAGGUCCUACGUUAGUAUUGACGUGGGUACGUUUGUUGUCCAACCUCAGAAAUAUUCACAUUAUAAACCAGUCUCAUGGAGUUCUUGUCCGAUAACCCUCAAAUUAAAAAGCCUAAAUCCCGACCGAAGCUGCUACCAGUCAGUCAGCUACAACGUAGGACCAGGUACAUAUGUGCAUCGGUCCAGGUUGCCAUACCGCAUCAGCACAAGAUGAACACUAGAUUCAUAGCAGUGGUUAGGUCAAAGGUGGUAAUAUAUAAGUGAAAGAUUUAUUUAUUUGAACACAUGAAUAUUGGUACAAGAGAGCGCCAAUAUAUAUGCGCCACACAAAACAAUGAGAAUUCGAAGAG